AUGCUUUUAAAGAGGUCCCAAGGUUUAUUUAAAUCUUAUCGCUUUCUCUGCUUUAGGAAUCAAAAUAUGUUUUGCAUUAAUACACAUGUAUACAACAGAUAAAACUAUGCAAAUUUAUUGAUAGAGUAAAUAAAAGAACCCCUUAUUUAAAGAUAGUAAGAACUCUUAAAAGUUGAAGAAACAAUACAAAAUCUAAAUGAAUUUGAACAACUGUAAUAAUAUGUUAAAGAUUACCAAAGUAUGGUGAUCAAGCAAAAAGAAAACAUAGAUGAUUUGAUGGAGUACUAUGUAAUUGUUUUUCUAUAAAAGUUGACAGAUAUGGAGAGAGAAAUAAGCUGCUCUAGUGUAUUUCAGCAGGAAAGAAGCGAAAUAAUAAAUGUACUUAAUGACAUUAUAUUAAAAUACCUUAACAAUUUUAGUAAAGAGUCUCUGCUCGUUAUAUUAAAUUUUAUCACUGAAUCUCCUAUUGAUGAUAAAAGAAAGUUCUUUCGUAUAUUUGAAUUUGCUAUAGCCAGAACUUAAUUUGUAAUGAAAAUGAAAGAAGAGCAACUCUCUUUGCUUUUGUAAAAAAUAGAAAAACUAUAUAAAAAAGGAUAUCUUUAAUAAGAUAUAUUCAUAGAAUUAAUUGAAAAAAUAGAGUUUUCUAUCGUAGAGCAGUAGCUGAAAGAUUUUGAACCUGCUGAUUUAGCUUCUGUUGCCUACAUCUACUCUACACAUUACCAAGGGACUGAAGUCUUUUUUUAUUAACUUAAGGAAAAUCUUUUAAGAGUGUUAAAGUAAAUGAAUGUCGAAUAACAAGUAGUUACAUAUUGGUCAUUAGUUAAUUCUGGAUAUUUUUCUUCAAACAUAAUUUUACCAGACUAUAAAAUAAAAUGGAUUCUCAACCAACAAAACGAGCUUAAGAUAUUUUAUAAAUUACUUAUAACAAACGCAUAUACUUAACAAAAACAUCUAUAUUAGAGAUCUAUAACAAACAUAUUUAAUUCACUUAUAGCUAGAGACAAAUGA